AUGCUGGAUUUUCUCUCUUCCUCUGGUCCUUUAUAUUUUUUCUGUCCUUUUCUUGUUCAUCCCUAUUCUUUAUCUUUUGGUUUUCUCUCUUCCCUCUGGUCCUUCUGUGUCCUUUUUCUAUUCAUGCUGGCUUUUCUCUUCUUCCCUCUGGUCCUUCUGUCCUUUUCUAUUCAUGCUGGAUUUUCUCUCUUCCCUCUGAUCCUUCUGUGUUCCUUUUCUAUUCAUGCUGGCUUUUCUCUCUCUGUUCCCUCUCGUCCUUCUGUGUCCUUUUCUAUUCAUGCUGGAUUUUUCUCUCUGAUCCCUCUUGUGUCUCUCUUUUUCUUUUUCAUGCUGGAUUUUCUCUCUUUUCUAUUCUGUCCUUUUCUAUUCAUGCUUCCUUUUCCUCUUUUAUGGUCCUUCUGUCCUUUUUUUAUGGAUUUUCUUUCCCUAUCUUGUUUUUCAUGCUGGUUUUCUCUUCCCUCUGGUCCUUCUGUGUCCUUUUCUAUUCAUGCUGGAUUUUCUCUCUUCUUUUCCCUCUCUUGGUCCUUCUGUGUCCUAUUCAUGCUGGUUUUUUCUUCCCUCUGGUCUCUGUGUCCUUUUCUAUUUUUUCUCUCUUCCCUCUGA